GUCAUUUGUUCUUGGCGCACGGAUGUUUAACCAACAGUUAUCCGAAUGGGGCUCCUACUUAAUAAAUAAUGAAAGUGGACGGAGGGGAGCUGCAGCUGAUUUGCUGAUGUCAGGGAGCCAGUGCAGCAUUUCAUGGUGCAGGGUGGAAGCGCGCGGUGCCAUCUGCCUCCAUCGGUGUUCUCAGCAAAACCCAAUUCCGCGCAUGCAAAAGCCCGGAGAGGAAAGAUGCCGCCGACUCUCAAGAUCUGGACACUGUUCUCUCUGUCGCUCUGCUUCCUGUCCCAACCCUGCCAUUUGAAGAAGGCUUUCCGAUGUCCUUCGACAUGCAGCUGCUCCAGGGAGUCCAUCAUUUGCGUCGGGUCCUCCUACGUUCCGAGGAUCAGCCCCAACGACGUCAGUUCUUUGAGUCUCGUCAAUGGGACUUUCUCCGAGGUGAAGGAGGCGAUGUUUGCUCACAUGCCGUCCCUGCAGCUGCUGCUUUUGAAUUCCAAUUCUCUUACAACUGUAAGGGAUGAUGCAUUCUCAGGCCUUGCUCAUCUGGAGUAUCUGUUUAUUGAAAGUAACAAGAUGGAGACUGCAGCCAAAUACGCCUUCAGAGGACUCAGGGACUUGACUCACUUGUCUUUGGCGAACAACAACAUCGAAGCCUUGCCCAGGGACGUCUUCAUUGACUUGGACUCGCUGAUAGAGCUGGACCUGCGAGGCAAUGCCUUUGAAUGUGACUGCCGGGCCAAGUGGCUCAUGACUUGGCUGAAGAACACCAACGCCACAGUGUCGGAUGUUGUGUGCGCCGGGCCGGAGGACAUGAAGGACAAGCGCCUCAAUGAUAUGACCAGCCUGCACGAUGAAUGCGUCUCAACGGAUUUUGUCCUCCAUCAGUCGGUGGCAUCUGAGUCUCUGUCUGUCGACACGUUCAGCUAUAAGAAUGACGUCUACGUCACCAUUGCUGCUCCCAGCGCUGAGAGCUGUAUGGUUUUGCAAUGGGACCACAUAGAAAUGAACUUCAGGACUUACGAUAACAUCACAGGUCAGUCCAUUGUGGGUUGCAAGUCAGUCGUCAUUCAGGACCAGGUGUUUGUCAUCGUGGCUCAGCUCUUUGGUGGUUCCCACAUCUACAAGUUUGACGAGGACCAAAGUAGGUUCAGCAAGUUCCAGGACAUUGAGGUGUCCAAGAUCUCCAAGCCCAAUGACAUCGAGGCAUUCCAGAUUGGAUCCGACUGGUUCUUUUUGAUCGCGGACAGCUCGAAAGCCGGCCUGUCGACCCUCUACAAGUGGAACGAUAAGGGCUUUUAUUCAUACCAGUCCCUGCAUGAGUGGUACAGAGACACAGACGCAGAGUUUUUGGACUUGGAUGGGAAGGCCCACCUUAUUUUGGCGAGCCGCUCACAGGUGCCUGUGAUCUACCAGUGGAGCCGCAGCAACCAGAAGUUCGUCCUGCAGGGCGAGAUCCCCAACAUGGAAGAUGUUGUGGCUGUGAAGCACUUCCGUGUCAAGGAGGAACUCUACCUGGCUAUGACGCGCUACAUCGGUGACUCCAAAAUCCUGCGUUGGGGCGCCAAACAGUUUGUGGAGAUCCAGGCCUUGCCCUCACGGGGCUCCAUGGUUCUCCAGCCGUUCUCAUUCAAGGAUCGCUACUACCUGGCCCUGGGAAGUGAUUACACCUUCUCGCAGAUCUACCUGUGGGAUGAUGAGAUCAAGCUCUUUGACCGCUUCAAAGAGGUGUACAUCCAGGCGCCGCGCUCCUUUACCGUGGUCGCCACUGACCGCAGGGACUUCAUCUUUACAUCUAGCUUCAAGGGAAACACACAGAUCUUUGAGCACGUCAUCAUUGACUUGAGCCUGUGAGGGGCUGUGCUUUAUUGCUCCUCCAGCCCUCGAACGUCUUCCACUAAAAAAUGUAUUUGUGAAAGGAAGUAAAAAGGACCAGGACAGACUUAAUGUACUGUCAAAUAUCAAUUCUUCCACUUGUGGCUGUUGCAAAUAAGAGCAGGGUCGAGUGGCGCGUGGAAUCCUUCUUGUUUUUGACGUUUCCUGACUAUUUCUUGAUGGCCUUGUUCUGAUAUCUGUUCUCAUGGUCUCUCCGACCAUAGGAGACCCUCCCGUUUCACAGAGACUGAGAGGAGGCUGGUACUCUCCUAAAAAUCCAGCUGACAUUCCUGGGGGUGUAUUUGAAAUAUAUUUUGAUCAAUUUGGAUGUAAAUUUCAGUUUAGUAUCCCCUGUGCUAUAUGUUUUAUACCCCCCCCCAUCCCCAAAAAUAUAUAUACACCAGUACCCGACAAAAAAAAAUGUUACAGAAAUUUAGUUUGAUUGUUCCUUGGGGCAUGUAACGGGUGUGUUUGCUCAUCUAUGUGCAACUUGCCUCACGUCCUCAUACCGUGUGGUAAUGUGCAGUUUGUUGCCUUAUCAGCACUGGGGUUCUGGGUCUGAUGGGCCCACAGUGCCUCCUUCCGGCCGUGAUCAAGCAUCACACCCCUUUGCGAUUUCCAUACAGGGAAUGAAUCUCGAAAGCACAAACUUUUAAUAACUAUAGCCGAUACCCCAGCCCUUAGAGUGUAGUUGUUACAUGAAAAAUGUUACUGUAGAUGCUAUGGAUUAUAUUGCUUACAGUAAAACAAAUGAGACGUAUUUUGUUGUUUUGGGAGGUUAAAUUGAUUUGGAAAAUGAUAUAGCUUUAGCAUUUUUGGACAAACGGGAGAAUGGAACAACCUUUUAGUCCACAGGACCUAUAGGUGAUAGAGCAGAUGGAAGCCCUUUUAUCCGCUCAGUGUUGAUGAUCAGUGAAACCAACAGACAGACAUAGCUUAGUUUUAGGAUAGAACAAAAAAUAGGCUACACCCCGCAGAAGCCAGUGGACCUAUAUAAAUAACAUUGAAAAAAGGACAUUUGUUUGUCCAAUAAUGAAGGAAAGAAAACGUUUAUGUAAAUAUAUUCACUCAAGUUGAGAGGCUUUUUUUCUCUACGUCAUUCUGUUCUUACUAAUAUUGAAUGUUGACUUGACAAAAUGUACAUAAAACAUGGACUGCAAUGCUACUACCUGUUCCUCACACUACAACCUGAACAGAUUUUUGGAGUUACUGUAUAAAGAAAAGAAUAACAGUUUGCAGGAGCAUGACAUUCAAAAAACGGUGUUUGCCAAAUUCUUUUAGAUUUUUCUGAAGUCUAAAAAUGAUGAAGUCUUAAAGUAGUACUCCUCAUUGUAUGGCAAAUAAUGAAGAACAUAGCGGAAUAUGCAAGCUUUACGACAUGAAGAUUCUUUUGUAUAAUCUAGUUUCAACCGUAUUGAAUGUUACUCUCGAUAUCCUGUAAAUCCAAUUAUUUGAGUAUCAAAAUGUGUAAAAGUAUGAUUGUACGAAGUGUUGUAUUAUUCCUUGCUUUAAAAAAGGUCAUCAUAACCACAAAAACAGUCAGUGUUAAUAUGGACAUCAUUGACUAAAAAGAGUUUAAAUAAAAUUCUCCGCGACUAUUUGUCACCGAUGUCUUAAAGUCAUAAAGCCACAACUCCUCUUCCUACAUGUCACACGAACAUACCUUCAAGUCAGGUUAACUUUUCUGCGAUGCAAAUGUAAUUUAUGACAUCAUAAAAAACGUUUCAUUAAUGGCCAAAUGUUCUGUUAAUUCUAAAGGUGGCAGGAAUGCUAAUUUAUUGUAUCAUCUCUGGAGGGUACGAUCCUUUUGGCGAUUAACCUCACGAAUGUGUGUAAAAUCCAAAUAGGGAUGUUGGAAAUGGAGAUUGAAAUUCAGAAAUGCAACUGUUAUUCUCUCUGAACAUUUGGUGGCCCUGUACUAAUAUCCUUGACUCACAGAUGAUGAAAGAUCUCAUUGUUCUGUGUCCGAAGAACUGUGUCCACACAGUGGAUUUUAGUCUGCGUUUUUUCAAGGAGAAAUAUUUUCAAAACUUUUCGCAACAGGGAAGCUCUGGCGAACUGCCAAAAGGCUGACUAAUAUGUGCUUUGUUUUUGGGGGAAAAGAAGCGCCAGGGCGCAUUGCUUCAUACGUAACCUGCAUGCACACUAGAAACUGAAAGUGACGCUGAAACAUUAGUUUAAAAUAUUUUCUUUUAUGGUUUAGUUUUAGGCUGAUUGAAUAUAACUUCAUGCUUUAUCCUACAUUACACUAUGGCGUUAUUUUGAACUUUGCUUAUGGAUGGCAGGCAUUGGACAGCAACCUAAACAUGCCACAGGCGGAGCAAGGGCACAACAAAAGAGGAAAAAUGACAAGACAUCACAUCGAGGAAAUAACCGGAAGAACAGGAAGUCAAUGUGGACGCGAACACAAAUCUUUUGUGGAGGAUUUGGAUAGAUCAUACUCGAAGACGACAUUGCUCUUCAAAAUUAAAAUCUAAAAGAAAUACAAACCACAAUGGAAGGGAACCAAAACAAGACAAAUUGUAAUAUCGUGCAAUAUAUAAUUGAUAACAACCUACAGGAGCUCAAAAAUGUACUAAAUAGGGGAAACAUUAAUGACCUUUACUCAUACAGCGAGUGGAAUGACUGCGUAACCCCACUGAUAGUUGCUAUUGUCAAUCAUAGGGAGGAUAUUUUGUCUUUCUUACUGCAAGAGGGUGCAGACCCAAACAAGGUGUCGCAAAAGGGCUUAACACCUUUACAUUAUGCAUCUAAGUCCAAAGCACCCCUUGCUUUUGUGACAAAACUGCUGAGACAUAAUGCGAAUCCAAACGCAUGUGAUCUCAAGGAGGAAAAGUCUGUGACACCUCUGCAAAUAGCAGUCAUUGAAAGAAGGAGCGAUAUCAUUAAGGAGCUCAUAUCUGCCGGUGCACAAGUGACCAAGUUCCCUGCAUCUUUUCCUAGACACAUUUCUCACAACAAAUUUUUAUCGCAGAUGAUGGAUCACCCUACAUUAGAAGGAGAUGAAUCCAUAAUUGGAAAAAUGCGUAGGUACGUCAGGUACGUCAUUCCGUGCUACGGUGCUGUAGAUCAAGUGCCCGGCACACUCUUCAGCAAACAAACCUCGGAAGGUGACGAUGGGGCGGACUCAACCAGAUGUGAUCAUAGGACCGACCAGCAAGAAAGUCCAAAGGAUCCAGCAUUAGCUCCUCAAACUUCCAAUGGUUUACCUGUCCAACCUGGUACAUCAAAAACAAUGCAGGAAUGUCCAAUCAGCAAGAGAUGGAGAGAGAAGUUAGACAAGAUUCCUCACUUCAUUGAAACAGAGAAAAUCAAGAUAAAAAAGAUCGGAAGCCUGACGUAUGUGAAUGAUGACGAAUUCCACAUAUCUACAGGUAGUGAUGGCACCGAGGUCUUUCUGGGGUACAGAGAUGAUGGCACUGAAGUUGCUAUCAAGAAAAUGUUGAAACGCAACUAUGAAGAGCUGAAGAAUGAGGAAAAGAUUCUAAGGCUUCCAGAGCUUGAUCAUCAACUCAUUGUGCGAUAUGUUGACACGGCGAACGAUGAUGAAUUUGGAUAUAUUGCUCUUCAACUUUGUGAAUACACCCUGGAAGAAUACAUUAUCAUUAAAAAAGGUGACCGUCUGCUGAUGGAGAAACUUGUCAAACAACUCCUCGAGAGUUUAAAGGUGCUUCAUUGUCCUUGUGAUUCGAGUCCUCCAAUCCUCCACCGGGAUCUCAAACCACAGAAUGUUUUGAUCGAUGUUUUGGACAGGGUCAAAUUAGCGGAUUUUGGCAUCAGUAGACGGUUACCCAAAGGCGCCAGCACGCAUCGCUCCGGCAGAGCAGGAACACAAUGCUGGAUGGCCACAGAGACUUUAAAUGGAGGAAAUGACACGCCCUACAAGCGGAGCACCGACAUCCAGGUGGCAGGCAUGCUGAUAUAUUAUAUCCUCUCUGAAGGACACCAUCCUUUUGGUCAUGUUGUGUUAAACGAAGAAACGCCGGACGGACAGAGGUCAUCGCUGAUCAAAAGUCACCUUCACUUUAAAUGUGAGGACAACAUUUUCGAAGGGAACUACUCUCUAAACCUUGUUCAAGAUGUGCUGGCAAAGGAUCUCAUUGAGAUGAUGAUCAAUAAAGAACCAGAGAAAAGACCUCGAGUGGAAGAAUGCUUGAGUCACCCUUUCUUCUGGACCCAAGCCAGUAAAUUAGCCUACAUUCAAAAAGCUGGAGACGUGCCUGAGGUGAAAAACUAUGGAAAUCCUGAAGCGGGAUUGAAAUCUUCGCUGGAGAAACAUGCUGGCACUGGAGCCUUCAAACAGUGGAAAGAAAAGUUUCCACAAGACUUGGUCAAGAGGAUGGAAGGCAAAAAGUCACCCUACCCUGACACUAUGUUGGCAUUAUUGCGCUUCAUACGUAACGGCUUUACGCACUAUGAGAAGGACAUGGACAAAAUUAAUGUGAUGUCGAUGUUUCCUGGUCUCUUUGGAGUAGUUUAUACAUUUGCCAAAAGCCAAAACUGGAAUUCCGAGGCGCCCCUGAAGGACAUGUUUAAUACAGAGGUGAUUCCAGGAGACGACCUCACCACUGGAGUUGUAACGACUCCUAAUAAUUCUGGAGAGCCUCUUGCCCUGCCAGUUCAAGAAUCUGGAGACCUUUCCACUGAGCCAACUGAUAAAUAACACCAGGCUUGCCGUGCGGUCCUUCAGUUUAGUUGCAUCUUUACUUGGAGAUAAGUGAGGCCUGACAUCAGUGAGUUGAUUUGAAUAAAGGGCGGUUAAAUUCACUGACACAUGGUAGUGUGAAAUUAAGUGCCGUAAAUUCCCUUGUUUAUUUUGUUAUUGAUCUUUCAUGUGUAUGUCAUCUAAAACUGUAAAACACAAAAUAUAUAUGUCGGUGUUGAGAUAUGUUUGUGUUAUGUAAUGCACAGAAGUGACAGCAGAUAUGCAGGAGAUGUGAGGCCCCUGGUAUUAUCAAAGGGGCCUCAUUUUUGGGGGGGGGGGGGCUUUGGGUUGUUGGUUUGUGGGGUGGUUCAUGCUUUUUGCUGGACGGUGAUGGAGAAGCUGUAGUCUAUUGUAGGUAGACAUUUUAUUAUGCCUUUUUCUCUGUUACUUGUUAUAAUCUGAAUUUUUGUUCUGAAGUAAAUAAAACCGAGUUCGCUCUGA